AUGAGUGUAAUAUCAUCAUCACCAUCACCAUCACCAACACCACCACCACCACCAGCACCAGCACCACCACCACAAUCAUCAUCACCAUCUCAUCAUCAACAAUAUUCAACAAAACCAGGUGCAUUAGUUUCAGCAGCUAAAUCAUUAUUAUCUGAACAAUCGACACGUCUUUCAUUGAAACAUACAACAGAUAUUGAUCUAUUGGAUGAUUUGCGUAAUUAUCUAAAAAAUCGUUGCGCUUUAGAACGUGAUUAUGCACAAUCGUUGGCCAAAUUGAAUACAAGCUAUUCAAAACGUUCAUCAACAUUUUUAACAUUUGUUUCAAAUGAAGAUGAUAAUUCUGAUAUCAAAACAUUAUACAGUUCAUGGAGAAUAUAUCAAGAAGAAACAGAGAAACAUGCCAAAAAUCGUCAAUCACAAUUUGAACAAUUGGCAACAGUAUGUGAAACAUUGAAAACAUUACGUUCACAUAAGAUUCAGGUGGCCAAAAAAUGUUUGGACAAUUAUCUCAAAAAAAUGCACGAAGAAAUUGUCAAUUCAGUCAACGAGAUUGAUAAAACAAGAAAAUUAUAUUUUGAAGAAGAACAUUUGGCCAAACAAGCACGAGAUAAAGAAGAAAAAAUUAAAAAACGUAAAACAGGCAUAUUUGCAUCAUUUACAAAUCUACAAAAUAAAAAAGAACGUACAUCAGCACAUCGUGAAGCAAGCGAUAUACAAUCAACUCAGGCACGAAAUGAUUAUAUAAUGGCAUUAGCAGCUGGCAAUGCACAUUUUGAUCAUUAUUAUAAUCAAGAUUUAAUCAAUCUUAUGUUGACCAUCGAUGAUUAUGUAUUGGAUAAAUGUCGUGGUUAUAUGUUAAAUUUAUUAAAAGUGGAAAAAGAUUCCGCUCAAUCAUGGUAUGAUGUUAAUGAAAAGGCCACCGAUCUAGUUGAUCAUACAUCAGCUGAUUAUACAAAUUCAAUAUUUUUACGCGAUCCAAAUUCAACAUCAUUGACGGAAAUAUUAUCAUAUGAAUUUCAGGCAUGUGAUAAUGAUCCGAUCGAUACAAUUUCAUUGGAUCAUAAUGCUGAUAUUGCAUUACGUAAUGAAGGUCAAAAAUGGUUCACUUGGUUUUCUAAAGAAUGUCGCAAUCUAAAUCGUUUAUCAGCUCAAUUAGUUAAAUUACAAGCAUUGUUAUCGGAAGGUCAUAAGACUGUCGAUCUACCUGGAAGUGGACAGGUAGAUAUCGAGAAUCGUAUUGAUGAAAUCCGUCAACAGCUACGUAAAUGUGAGAUAAGUAAAUUGAAAGCAAAGGCUCGUUUACAAGCAAUUAAAGAAAGCGGCGCUGAAGUUGAAGAUUUUAUCGCAUUCGAAGCUCAAGUUGCAACCGAAAUCAAACAACAAUCGUUGGAAGUGGAUAAUUUGAAUCUAACUUCAUUGAGUCGUACACCAUCGAUGCGUUCACAUAGUGAAUUGGAAGCUAAACUUAGUUCAAAAAGUGAAUCUGAAAAUGUUUCCACCGGUGGACAUCAAACGGUACGACCUGAAUCAUCAUCAUCGAUUGAACAAUUGGAUUCGCCUGAUAGAGAACUUUUACAGAUGGGCACUAGUAUUGAAAGUACAUCACCUGCACCCACAUCUGCAGCAUAUUCAGCAGCUAAUCAAACAUCUUGGGGUGAUUAUGAUCCAACACAAGCCUGGGAUAAUGAACCAUCUGUACCAACCGCUGCUACUACUACCGUAAGUAAUGCCUAUAAUGGAAUUAAUGAAGAUGGACAACAACAACAACAACAAACAGCCGAUGAAUAUCGACAACAAUCGACGGAUUUAAAUGAUGAUCGAAUGGAUAAUGAUAGUUAUCAGCAACAUAAUACUCAGGAAAAUUUCUAUGAUGAUUUCAAUCAACAACAACAACAAGAUCAACCAAUGGCCGACGGAUUUGCAUUGAUUGGCAAACAAUGUUUUGUUCUAUACAGUUAUACUGCCCAAAAUGAUGAUGAGCUCACCAUUAUUGAACAGGAGAUUCUUAAUGUUGUGAAUGCAGCCGAUAAAGAUUGGGUCCAGGCACAAAAUAAAGACGGUCAAUACGGUUAUGUUCCGGCAUCAUAUCUACAAGAAGUGUCUAUGAAUGAACAUUAUGAUACAGCAACGUCCGAUAUACAAGCCACAAUGCCAAAUGAUAUAUCAACGUACAAUGAAAAUAAUGAUGAACAACAAUAUCCGAUUACUCCAGCCAAUAAUCAAUGGACCAUUGAUGAACCACCAUCUAAUACAAUAUCAUCAUUAGCACAACAACAACAACAAUCAGAAAUCAAUAUUCAACAAGCUUCAUUAACAAUUUCACAAAAUGAUAAUAAACAAAUGGAACAAUCAAAUGAACAAACCAUAAAUAAUGAUGAUGAUGAUAAUGAACAACAUGAUAUUACUUAUGUUCGAGCAUUGUAUGAUUAUAUCGCUACUAAUAGUGAAGAAAUUUCUUUUAAAUCUGGUGAUCUAAUUAAAAUUAUUGAUCAAGAUUCGGAUGAUGGUUGGUGGACAGGUCAAACUACCGAUGGCCAUGUUGGUCAUUUUCCAUCCAUGCUAGUCAGUGAAUUAGAAGAAAGUGAAGAUGAUGAUGAUGAAAAUGAUGAUGAUAAUGAUGAUGAUGAUGAUGAUGAUGACGAUAAUGGUCCAAAUGGUUUUGGUCGUCAAGUACCGUUGCCACCACCAUCGAUCGAUUUACCACCACCCAUACCGUCUUCUGUGGUCUAUGAUCAAAAUGGAUCAUCUCUAGUAGAUUCCUGUAAUAAAAAUGGAACACCAACAGACAACGAAUCUAAUGGAAUGCAACAACAACAACAACCAUUACCACCACCGCCUCAAAUGGAGAGUUGUGAUGGUGACGAUGAUGAAGAUGAAACAACACUAUCAGCAUUACCACCGCUACCGCCGCCGCCGCCACCACCACCACCAACAGAAACAAUAACGGGAUCAGUACAACCUCCUAGCUUCGCACCGCCACCAAAACCAAUGCAGUUAAUGGCACCUCAAGCAGUAGUUAUUAUACAACCUACACCUGAAAUUGAAUCUAGACCUGCUAUCGGCACUGAAUCGUCAUCAUCAUUAUUGCCAUCUGAAAAUGAAAAUUAUGCCGACCAAAUAAACAUAGAUCAUCGACGAAGUAAUACCGGUGGUGAAGACAUGGAUCAAAAAAAUGAUCAACAACAACAACAAUCUAGUGUUUGUGUAUCAAUGGCUAUAGCGGCACAUGAAAUAUCUGAAACUAUCACACAACAAGCAAUCGAUGAUUCAAUGCUUGAAUUAGAAAGACGACGUAGUUCGGCAACAAGCUCAAAUCAAGAUCCGGUAACAACCACAACUGCUUCACAAUCAUCGAUUGAUGUCGAUUGUACAACAACAACAACAACAACACAAAUGAAUGGAAUGAUUGUCGUUACUAAUGGUGAAAUAUCUCACGAUGAUGAUGACGAUGAUCAUCAUCAUGAUGAAGAUAUGAAAUAAAAUGUGUAGCCAAAUAUG